UAUCUAGUUGAAAGAGGACCGUGGACUGGAGCGGAAGCUCAGAGUGUUGUCCUUCCUUCUGCCCGACUCUCAGGAUGAGGAUCGGUCACAGUUUGUCUGUAUGUCUCUGAUCAUAUCACACCAGCAGCUCCUCUCCCACCUCCCGAAUGCAGAAUUACAGGCAUGCCAAAGGAAAAAUAUGAUCCUCCAGAUCCACGCAGAUUAUACACCAUCAUGUCAGCUGAGGAAGCGGCCAGUGGGAAGAAAUCACACUGGACAGAGUUGGAGAUUUCUGGGCGGGUCAGAAGCCUGAGCAGUUCACUAUGGACGCUGACCCAUCUGACUGCUCUCCACAUCAACAACAACAACCUGAGCCGGAUUCCUCCUGAAAUUGCAAAGCUGCCCCAUCUUGUCUACCUGAAUCUGUCCUCCAACAAACUGCGCAGCCUGCCAGCAGAACUUGGCAACAUGGUGACUCUCAGGGAAUUGCUUUUGAACAACAAUUGUUUACGAGUUUUGCCUUAUGAGCUUGGUCGGCUGUUCCAGUUGCAAACCCUCGGCCUCAAAGGUAAUCCAUUGUCCCAGGAUAUACUCAACCUGUAUCAGGAGCCUGACGGAACAAGGAAGUUAUUGAAUUACAUGCUUGACAAUCUUGCAGUCCACCCAGAGCAACUCCCCCAAAGACCUUGGAUCACUUUGAGGGAGCGAGACCAGAUGAUGCCCACAGCUGUGUUCACAGUAAUGUGCUACAAUGUACUCUGUGACAAGUAUGCAACAAGGCAGUUGUAUGGCUACUGUCCAUCGUGGGCUCUUAACUGGGAGUACAGGAAGAAGGGCAUCAUGGAGGAGAUCACUAACUGUGACGCUGACAUCAUCAGCCUGCAGGAGGUGGAAACAGAGCAGUACUACUCUUUCUUUCUGGAAACACUGAAAGAGCGUGGAUAUGAUGGCUUUUUCUGUCCAAAGUCUCGUGCCAAACUUGUGUCAGAACAGGAGCGGAAACAUGUGGAUGGCUGUGCUGUUUUCUUCAAGACUGAGAAAUUCGCUCUGGUGCAGAAACACACAGUGGAGUUCAAUCAGGUUGCCAUGGCAAAUUCAGAGGGCUCGGAGGUUAUGCUAAAUAGAGUCAUGACCAAAGAUAACAUCGGAGUAGCUGUCCUGUUGGAGGUGAAGAAAGACCUGUUUGCUAGUGGUUUAAAGCAGCCUCCAGAGAAACCGCUCCUGCUGGUAGCUAAUGCCCACAUGCACUGGGAUCCAGAGUACUCAGACGUGAAGCUCAUCCAGACUAUGAUGUUCCUGUCUGAGCUAAAAAGCAUCGCUGAGAGGGCCUCGGGAUCCAUCAACUCUGCCUCGCCCACGCCAGACACCAGCUCCAUCCCUAUCGUCCUGUGUGCUGACCUCAACUCCCUUCCUGACUCUGGUGUGGUAGAAUAUCUUAGUAAUGGUGGAGUUGCAGAAAAUCACAAAGACUUUAAGGAACUGCGUUACAGCGAUUGUUUAACCAACUUCAGCUGCAACGGAAAAAAUGGCAAGCCUGAUGGCAGUAUUACACACAGUUUCCAGCUGAAGAGUGCCUACGAGGGGAAUCUCAUGCCCUACACCAACUACACUUAUGAUUUCAAGGGUGUGAUUGACUACAUCUUCUUCUCUAAGACACAUAUGAGUGUUUUGGGUGUUCUGGGUCCACUGGAGACUCAGUGGCUGAAGGACAACAACAUAACCGGCUGCCCACACCCGCACAUCCCCUCUGAUCACUUUUCCCUCCUGGCUCAGCUGGAGUACCACCCGCCUUUACCCCCCCUCAACGGGCUGCAUCUGCCUGUCCACAGCAGCACUGCCUGUGAAAGCAAGACGCUUACAGAGUGAGCCAGCACCAGCAUCCAUCCCUGCACCGUUCCAUCCACUCAUCCAUUCAUCAACCCAUCCAUGUCUAUUCUUCACCAGAGAGACAUGAUGACUAAAGUGACCGUGACCCAGUUAUAAUGUUGUAAGCUUGCUUUGCAUUGUUUCCCUGGUUUAGUGGUAGCAGUAGUUUUGUUUUCUAAGGCUUAUAUUAUGUUUGAAACAUAUCCAGUAGUCCUUACAGAAAUUCCCACUGAACCAACUGAAUAUAUUUCCAAAUACAAUUGGUAAUAUUUUAAGUUGCUUUUAGUUAAAACAGCUCAAACAUUCAUUUUAAUCUAGGACUAUCUUAAGCCUUGUCUGUGAAACCGGGGGACAGUGUUUUAAAACUAUUAAUAAAUGCAUUAAUAAAUGCAUGUGAAAAUGGUGUCAGUCUUUCACUGAAUGUGGACUGAGGCACCAGGGAUUGAGGUCAGUCACAUGAUUGUGAUGUAAUGUAAAGCAUAAUUUUCCUAAUAAACUUAAGAGAAUUAUUAGAAUUGGCAGGGGGAAAAAAAGCAGUUUCCCAACAUAAUUAUGGCUUUAUCAAUGUCUUUUCCCAAUUCCCAAAAUCUUGUUUGGUCUAUGAACGCAUAUGGUUAUGAUAUGGAAAACAAAACUCAUCUUUAUUGUUGUUUUGCAACUGAAAAUGGUGCUGCAUGUGGCCCAUUUGUAAAACAAACUGAAAUUCCUGUCCUAGUGUCCUACCUUAAAGGCAAUAAAGAUGUCAUUUUAAAGUA